AUGGCUAAAUUUCAGACCAGGUACCAAUAUUUUUUCAUUUUUCUAGCACUUGUUGCCUACUAUGCUUCCCUUCCAGCACAUGCCAGGAAAAUAAACAUAAAGCCAUUCAACCAACAUUCCUCACUAAACACAAAAACUGCAGCAAAUAACGUUCCAUCACAUAAAGCCUACGUUGAAUUACCACACUAUGAGGAAGCUAGAAAAUUGGAAGAUUCAGGUGCAGGCCACACAAAUGACUUCCGACCCACUACACCAGGAGGGAGUCCUGGCGUUGGCCAUGGAAUAAUUACGUCAAAAUAUAGCAAAAUGAAAUCAAUGUUGGCAGUUCAGAGCCCAGAUGUUGAAGUUUCCGUGACUGAGGGGUCAAAAGAUGAUUUUAAACCUACAGAGCCAGGUCACAGCCCUGGCGUUGGUCAUGCUUACAAAAACAAAAUUGGACAGGAAAAUUAG